GACGCACAGCACCUCCUUCUGGACACAGGCAGCAGCCACACUCGCCACACGGCCUCCUCCUGCUCCUCCUCUCAGGAUGGAAGAAAGCCUCCUCCUGUUCCUCCUCCUCCUUCUCUCAGGACGAAGCCCCACAGCCUCCCAGUCCUUCUUUGUGCCGCGUGUCAGGGAGGAGGAUGCGGGGGCUGCACAGAGGUCUCUGGGGCCUCCUAGUCCUCGUCGUCUUCUUAUUGUUUCCUUGGGGUUCCUGGGCCCAGUUCGAGCGCUACAGCUUCCGCAGCUUCCCUCGGGACGAGCUGAUGCCCCUGGAGUCGGCCUACCGCUACGGCCUGGACCAAUACACGCAGGAGAAGUGGGCCGAGAGCGUGGGCUACUUGGAGGUCAGCCUCCGGCUCCACCGCCUCCUCCGGGACAGCGAGGCCUUCUGCCACCUCAACUGCAGCCAUGCCGGGGUUACCGAGGAGGAUCAGGAUCAGGAGGAGGGCCGCUUCUUGGGCUUCCCCGAGCUGAGCUUCUUUGCGGGCCUCCUCCGCCGGGCGCAGUGCCUCAAGCGCUGCAAGCAGGGCCUCCCGGCCUUCCGACAGUCCCAGCCCAGCCGCGAGGUCUUGGACGAGUUCCAACGCCGGGAGCCCUACAAGUUCCUCCAGUUCGCCUACUUUAAGGCAAAUAACCUUCCGAAAGCCAUUGCAGCAGCGCACACGUUUCUUCUGAAGCAUCCUGACGACGAGAUGAUGCAAAGGAAUAUGGCGUACUACAAAAGCAUGCCCAAUGCUGAAGACUAUAUUAAAGAUUUAGAAACAAAAUCAUAUGAGAAUCUUUUUGUCAGGGCGGUAAGAGCAUAUAAUGGAGAAAACUGGAAGACUUCCAUCACAGAUAUGGAACUGGCACUCCCCGAUUUCUACAAAGCCUAUGAUGAUUGCAUUGCUGCUUGUGAAGGCCCCCGGGAGAUCAAAGAUUUUAAAGAGUUUUAUCUGUCUAUAGCAGAUCAUUACACUGAAGUUCUAGAGUGCAAACUGAAGUGUGAAAUUGAUCUGACACCUGUCAUAGGAGGCUACGUUGUGGAGAAAUUUGUGGCGACUAUGUACCACUAUUUACAGUUUGCUUAUUAUAAAUUGAAUGAUUUAAAGAAUGCAGCACCAUGCGUUGCCAGCUAUAUGCUCUUUGACCAGAAAGAUGAAGUGAUGAAACAGAAUCUAGUCUAUUAUCAAUAUCACAAAGACAAAUGGGGACUCACAGAUGAAGACUUCCAGCCUAGGCCCGAAGCAGUUAGGUACUACAACAUAACAACACUUCAGAAAGAAAUGUAUGAAUUUGCCAAAGAACAUGUAAUGGAUGAUGAUGAAGGUGAAGUACUAGAAUACCUCGAUGAACUCUUGACAGUGGAUAGUGGAACACAGUGACUCUGAACAACAGAAAGACACAUGUUUUAAAAAAUAAAUACCCACCGUUGCUCCUUUAUAUUUCAUGCAUCACUUUUAGCUCAGGAGUUAGAAAUACCUCAGAUCUUUUCAAAGCUUGUUCAGAAGACUCCUGGAUCAUCCUGUGAGUACUCCCUACACCAUUAACCAGGAUUUUCUUUUUUAAAAAAAUAUCCUAACCAUUGAAGCAUUAGAAAAUUACCUAGCUUCAUACAUUCUGUUCAUCAAAUGCAUCAUGGCCUGGGUAAAACAGAGGUGCAUCUACACUAUAGAAAUAAUGCAAAACUACAAAUUCUAUAGGAUAGCGCUACAGCUCUUAACAUGGUAUCAAACUGCAUUAUUUCAAUAGUGUUGAUACACCCAGAAACAUGUGGAUAGAAUGCAUGGAUUUUUGUAAGGCACUCUAGCAACCUUCUUUGGCAAAGAUCAGGAUUUUAAAAACCCUGCAAAAAGUCAAAGUAAAUAGGAAAGAUAGGCAUUCUUCUAUAAUUUUGGAAGGAUGCUAUAUUUAUAUAUAACAUUUUUUUAAAAAAAAAAAUUGGAUUAAAAAUAAACCUUUCAGCUGCUAUUACUUAGUACUGAGGCUACAUUCCUCUGUAUACCUGGCUGAGAGUCAGCACCAUUGAGCUUCUUGGGACAUAUUUCUGGGCAGACAUUGUGUGUACAGAAUUGCACUGUAAACUGGUAAGACAUUGCUUGGAGAAAAUAGAUGGACAUUCAUGACUAAUUUAUCUGAUACUAUCAUAUCAAGAUUUUUUCCAGUACCUUGUGUACAUUUAUUAGGGGAACUGGUAAUAUUUGGGGAUAUAUUUAGUAAGAACCGAAACUUGUUUGUAUCCUGCAUUCACUUUUGAAAGAAAAUGCAGUGUAACUGAAUUUGAGAAAAGUAGCUGAGUCAAAAACAAUUUGUCUGUUUGCCAGGAGCAACUUUUGGAGAAGCUAAUUUGUGGUUCUUCAUUUCACAAAAUGUCCAGAAUCCAAACACAUGGAUCUUGUCUAUGACAAGUACUGUGAGUAAUGCUGUAAUCAGUUAGAAUAAUAGAAUUGUAGAGAUGGAAGAGACCACAAGAGCCAUCCAGUCCAAACCCCUCCUGUGCAGAAAUACACAAUCAAAACACUCCUGACAGAUGGCCAUCCAGCCUCUGUUUAAAUACCUCAAAAAAGACUCCACCACACUCUGAAUUCCACUGUUUAACACCUCUUUCUAUCAGGAAGUUCUUCCUAAUGUUUAGGAGGAAUCUCUUUUCCUGGUGGCUCGGUGAGUAAUUAAUCCACCCACUCACCCACCAAACAUGUAAUAUCUUUCCAGUCCCUGCAACCCACCCACCCACAUUCACUUGGGAGACUAGUAAUAAAGUAUACAUACACGCAUUGGUCCUAUUAGAAGUCAAAAUCUGUGAAGGAUUAGUUCAGAUGAAGCCACCUUGUAUUUCAUUGAAAUCCUGUGUUUGGUCCAAACCACACUGCAGAAAUAAUCAAGUUUGAGACGGCUUUAACUGCCCUGGCUCAAUGCUAGGGAAUGCUGGGAAUGGUAGUAGUUUUAGGAG